UAAAACCCUGCUGCAGUAACAGAGCUGACAGAUGCUGAGUUUCACUGUCACAGCUGUAAUGGAGUAAGCAGCCGGGCAGCGGAGACACUUUGAGAUCUGGUCUGGAUGGAACCGACGGGUCUACGAGACGUUUUCAAAUGUAUAACACUAUCCAUUGCAGCAAUGGAGGAUAUUGGUCUCCUUCCCAAACCCACCAAUGACCCCCCAGUUCACAGACCCACAGUCACUGAGACUUUUGGGCUGCACCACAUACCAACAGACCAUCUGCACGUCACUGAUGUAAGCAGGAAAUGUGACAUGGAAAAAGAUGGACCGUCCAAAAAAAGACCCCACUCAGCAAUAUUGGCAGAGCCGCAGAUGAUUCCCCACUGCCCGAAUACACUUCCUCUGGGUACUGAUAAUACUGCCAGAAAUGGAAAUACACAUCUGGAUAAGGCUGCCAGAAAGAAACCCAAAACCAAAAUUGCAGAUCAGUCAAAGUGGAAGCAAAAUAAGCAGAAACAGCUGAGAAUGGAGGGAAAAGCAUACGUAAGCAAGCGAAAAAAAGACGGCGAAGUUGUGACAAAACAGCCAAGAUCAAUGGGACCAAGAUGCACCUCGAAUGCGUGCAAAAGGGCGUCGAAUCGGCUUUGCAAUGAAAUCAACGAAGACGCCCGAAAAAAGGUGUUUGAUGAGUUCUGGCAGGACAUGAACUGGACUCAGAGAAAGAUGUACGUGGCAGGACAAGUGGAUCGCAAUGCGGUGGAAAGAUCUCGAGCAGUGGGAUCGCAGUCGAGGCGAUCGGUGUCACUGCGUUAUCACUUGAUGGUGGAUGGUAAAAGGAAACAAGUGUGUAAAAACAUGUUCCUGUCCACCUUGGGGAUUGGAGAGUGGUCUGUGCUCAACUGGGCACACACUGGAAAAACAAAAAAGACUGAAUCAAAUGAGAACAGAUUAGAGAAGAAGAUGUUUGUCCCUCAGUGUCCACAGCUGAACUCUGCUCCUUCUAUAUUUAAUAACACUGUGGAGGUAACUCUGGAACCAGAGGAUGCCGCUGACGAAGACAAAAUCAACCCAGCAGACCUAGAAGGACCAGCCGGGAAGAAAUCCAGAGUUGCCAGACCUCUAACAUGGAAACAAAAUCGACAGAAGCAGCUUAGGAUGGAGGGCAAACCCUACAUCAGCAAACGAAAGAAAGAUGGUGCCACCAUAACUAAAGCUCAAAGGGCAAUUGGACCCAGAUGCACAUCCAGUGCUUGCAAAAGAGCAUCCAAUCGCUUCUGUGCUGACUUCAGUGAAGACUUGAGGAACAAGCUGUUUAAUAGCUUCUGGCAGUGCAUGAAUUGGGUUCAGAGAAAGGUCUAUGUGGCUAGGCUAGUUGAUUGCGACCCAGUGGAAAGAACUAGAGCACCGUGGACACAAUCAAGAAGAUCUGUCUCGAUGCGUUAUCAUUUAAUAGGCGAUGGCGACAGAAAACAAGUUUGCAAAAAGAUGUUCCUUUCCACGUUGGGGAUUGGAGAGUGGUCGGUGCUUAACUGGGCACAAAGUGCAUCCCAGGAGGACAAUUCAGAAGAAAAUACAAAGAAGAGGACGCAGAGAAAAUCCCGUAAGGCUUCAGAGCACGUAUUCCUCAAGGAGUUCCUCGAGAGUUUACCCAAAGUGCUCUGCUGCGGGACGUCAAUCUCUAAACUGUAUCUGGAGCCAGUCUUCUCGAACAUGUCCGAAGUGUACAGGCACUACUACAAUCAGUGCUUAGAAAAGAAGGUCACACCUCUGUCUCGGCAGGUUUUCUGUGCCGUAUUUAAAAAGAUGAAUUUGGGAUUGUGCGACCCGAAAAAAGAUCAAGGUUGUUCUUACGGUGCGACGGGAAACUUGUUCAAAGAUCUUUGGGAGGAAUACUGCAUGGAGAGGGGAGCUACAGGGCCACAGCCAGAGAAAGCAGGUAACCAGUAAAGAGGACAUAUACAGUAUGAUCAGUGUUGGAUCAUCGUGUUUGAAUCAGCUGUGUAAUACUUCCUUACUUCAUUUCUGAUGGACACUUUGAUUCCAAGACUUUUCCAAAAUGACUGAACUUAAUGAUCUCACAUUUCAUUAAGUCCUGUUAAAAACACACCCUAUUUGAAGCAAUCCAGUGGUUUUCAUG